AACUUAGUGGUAGUACAAAUCAUUUUUGUUUCUUAAUUGGAACUUUACUUGUAUAAUACAUAAAGCAUGUUCUGUCUGAGAUCAGUGGUCCUUCACAAAAGCUCCUUUACCCUCUCUUUGUUCUCCCACAACCGCCACUACAAGGUUUUGUGAUUCUUGAUUAAAAUAUCUUUUGCUUAGCAUUAGCAUAUUGUUGAAAUGGUGCGAUCAUCAUUGGACGAGAUAUCAGACUCGGGAGCAUUCACGAGAUCAGCUUCCACAUUCCGACAAUUUGUUUCAAAGGAUCCAAAUUCCCAAUUUCCACCUGAGUCAGGAAGAUAUCAUCUCUACAUAUCAUAUGCUUGUCCUUGGGCUUGCAGAUGCCUUGCUUACUUGAAAAUCAAAGGACUUGACAAAGCCAUCAGUUUCUCGUCGGUCAAACCUAUAUGGGGAAGAACUAAAGAAUCAGAUGAAUAUAUGGGAUGGAUUUUUCCUGAAUCGAAUACCGAGGUCCUUGGAGCUGAACCUGAUCCUUUGAAUGGAGCAAAGAGUGUUAGAGAACUUUAUGAAAUUGCAAGUACAAACUACUCCGGAAAGUUCACUGUUCCAAUUCUUUGGGAUAAGAAACUCAAGACAAUUGUUAACAACGAGAGCUCGGAGAUAAUUCGCAUGUUUAAUACUGAAUUCAACGAUAUUGCAGAAAAUCCCAUCUUGGACUUGUAUCCCUCUGAAUUGCAAGCCCAAAUUGAUGAGACUAACGAGUGGAUAUAUCCUAAUAUAAACAACGGUGUUUAUAGAUGCGGGUUUGCAAAGAAGCAGGAACCAUACAUUGAUGCUGCAAGACAAUUAUAUGAAGCUUUGGACAAAUGCGAGGAUAUACUAAGCAAGCAACGCUAUAUAUGUGGCAACAAGCUUACUGAAGCAGACAUUCGUUUGUUUGUCACUCUCAUUAGAUUUGAUGAGGUUUAUGCAGUUCACUUUAAGUGUAACAAGAAGCUAAUACGGGAAUAUCCAAAUAUCUUCAAUUACACCAAAGACAUUUUCCAAAUCCCUGGCAUUAGUAGUACAGUGAACAUGGAACAUAUAAAGUUGCAUUACUAUGGAAGUCAUCCUUCUAUCAAUCCAUUUGGGAUCGUUCCUAUGGGGCCAAAUAUCGAUUAUUUUGCUCCUCAUGACAGAGAAAGGUUUUCUACUUAGGUUGGUUGCUUGUAAAAUUUGCAAUAAAGGGUAAGAAACAUCCAUGCUUUCAGGAAUAUCACAUUUUCAAAAUAAAAGUGAGACAAUUUGGUGUGUGUAUGUGUGUAUGCUUUAAUUUUAUAAUUUAUCUAUAUUUGGACUUCCAUUUGAUUGAA